AUGGCAUCUCUAGCCCGUUCAAUCCCACGGGGUUCAAUCCCUUCCAUAAAACCAUUGCGAUUUUCCCGCCCUCUUACAACCUGCAUCCGCGCAUCCCGACAACCAGUCCUCCAACCCAACACCUCCCACUUCAACACUCAACUCAAACAAUCCUCUCAAAAAAGAUCAUACCACUCAGAUCUCCACCCCUCUUUGCCACCACAUAGCUACACAAACAGCCAAACAGCUAUCCUCGAAGCCGCCUUAUCACACGUCCCAACCCACGGCUUCACAAACACAUCCCUAACCCUCGGCGCCCGCGACGCAGGUUUCCUAGAUGUGAGCGUCCAGCUCUUCCCGCGGGGCGAAUUCGACCUCAUCCUCUUCUGGCUCGCUAGUCGUCGCGGUCUUCUGCGCGCAAAGGUUGAAAGUGAUGUGGACUUCUUCAAGACCGGAGAUCUGGACGUGAAUGGAAAAAUCAAGUUAUUGAUUCUGGAACGAUUGAAGAUGAAUCAGAGUGUUUGGGAUCAAUGGCAAGAUGCUUUGGCGCAAAUGUCCUUAUUGGGAAAUAUCCCCAUCUCCCUCGCUGAACUCCAUGCCCUUUCAAAUGAUAUCCUCUCCUUAGCUGGUGAUGCCUCCGUCGAUUCGAGCUGGUAUACACGCCGUGCGGCUGUGGGUGCUAUCUACGCUAGUGCGGAGGUGGUUAUGACGCGGGAUCCGUCGGCGGAUAUGAGUGAGACGGCUAGCUUUGUGGAGAGGAGGUUUGAGGAUAAGGAUAUAUUGGCGAAGAAGGUUGAGAUUAUUGGACAGUGUUUCUCUUUUUGGGGCAAUACUAUUGUUGGUGUUGGCAGAAGCUAUGGGUUGAAGAUUUGA